AUGUAUGAGGAACUCAAAGGUAGUAGCCAACAAGUGGUUGCGUGGCGAAAAGUGCUGUUUCAUAACCUGGCUAGACCGAGAGCAAUGCAUAUUUUGUGGAGAGCCUGUCACAAUAGUCUGGCAACGAAGGAAAGACUGUGCAGAUUUGGUAUGCUUGCUAAUAUGGAAUGCGGUUUUCGUGGUGCUAUUGAGACUUUGCAGCAUAUGCUCUUUGAGUGUAAUGCUACGAAAUUGAUUUGGCAAGAAGUUUUAAAGUGGUUGCAGAUUCGCCAUACUCCUUUGGGCUGGAAGGAUGAAUUGGCGUGGAUACUUGAACAAUGUAAUAGGAAAGGCUGGAGAUGUACCAUACUUAAAUGUGCUUUCACAGAAGCAAUUUAUGAAAUCUGGUGCCAUAGAAAUAGAGUAUGCUCGGAGAACAUGGAUAGGCCCAAUAGUGAUAAUAUAGUUCUAAAAAUUGUGGACAAUGUUAUUUACAGAUGUUGGACUAAGGUGCAACUUAGACAACAUGUAGGAAAACUUAUGCUACCUUAG